AUGUCAUCUCUCUUCAGCUGUUGGGGUGCACUGAGCCACUGCAUUCUUCCCCAAGACAUGCACAAUCACCAUGAUAGUAUCAACGAGUCUUCUGCCCUUUUGUACAACCACCACCACUACAACAACAAUAACAAGAAGAAGAGAUCAUCCUCCUCCUCCGUUCCCCUACCCCACUUCUCCUCGGACGAACCAGAAAAGAAUCAUCCUCCUUACCCUCUUCCCACCAGACCUACGCAAAAGAAAGAAGGUUGGUGGUGUAUCGAAGUUCAGCAAAAGGAGAGAGGGGAGGAGGUAUUGGAGAAUGACGAUGAUGACGAUGAUGCUGAUGGCGGCGAGAGAAGAAGAAGGAGAAGAGAGGAGAAGAUGAAGACGAAGAUUAAAAUGAAAAUCAAAGAGAAGGAGAAGAACAAGAACAAGAAGGUCAAGGUGAAAAAGGCGUGUGAUGAUUCUCCUUCACCGCUGCAGUUACUACAUGUACCUUCUUCUUCUCCGGUGUUGUGGCCAGGAGGGAGAAGUUUGGAAUUGGGUGAGAUUUCGAGCAUGGAAGUCAAGUACCUCCUAGGUAUUGCGGAACAACAAGAAUGGAAAGGAGAAAGAACAAGGCUGCUAUAA